AUGGAACCAGAAAAUGAUACAAAAAUUUCAGAAGUCCUUCUUCUGGGAUUUUCAGAGCAAGCGGAAAUACAGCUUCUUAUUUUUGGGCUGUUUCUCUCCAUGUACCUAGUCACUGUGCUCAUCAUCCUGGCCACCAUCUCAGACUCCCACCUGUACACGCCCAUGUACUUCUUCCUCACCAACCUGUCCUUUGUGGACAUCUGCUUCACCUCCACCACCAUCCCCAAGAUGCUGGUGAACAUCCAGACACAGAGCAAGACCAUUACCUAUGCAGGCUGCAUCACCCAGAUGUACUUCUUAUUGCUUUGUUCAGGAUUGGACAUCUUUCUGCUGACUGUGAUGGCCUAUGGCAGAUAUGUGGCCAUCUGUCACCCCCUGCAUUACAUGAUCAUCAUGAACCACUGCCUCUGCAGACUAUUGGUUCUCGCAUGCUGGAUCAUGAGUUUCCUGAAUUCCUUUUUGCAUAGCUUCAUGGUACUGAGACUGUCCUUCUGCACAGACUUGGAAAUCUCCCACUUUUUCUGUGAAAUUAACCAGGUGGUCCACCAUGCCUGUUGUGACACCUUUCUUAAUGACAUGGUGAUAUAUAUCACAGCUGUGUUUCUGGCUGUUGGCCCCCUCACUGGCAUCCUUUACUCUUACUCCAAGAUAGUGUCCUCCAUCUCAUCAGCUCAGGGCACAUACAAAGCCUUCUCCACCUGUGCGUCUCACCUCUCUGUGGUCUCCUUAUUUUAUUGCACGCUGCUUGGAGUAUAUCUUAGUUCUCCUGUGACCCAAAACUCACAUUCCACUGCAACAGCCUCUUUGAUGUACACUGUGGUCACCCCCAUGCUGAACCCCUUCAUCUACAGUCUGAGGAAUAAGGACAUUAAGAGUGCUCCAGAAGACUCCUUGGGAGGACAUCUGGAAGAGAACCAAUUCAUCCACUUCAGUAGACUUGCCUGUGCUUGCAAGGCUCAAAGUUAUUGA